GCGUGUAUCCGCGCUGACGCAGGAAGGCCGCCUCAUUGGUCCGCGCAGUCGAGACUCAGGCGGCUUUUCUCUUAGCGCUCAAGGCGCCGAUCCAUUUCUCUUCAGCCGAGCGCUCCCUUCCUUCCGAAGUGCCAGCCUGAAGGGAUCCAGACUGAGGCAUCAUGACGACCCUGGAUGAUAAGUUACUGGGGGAGAAGCUGCAGUACUACUACAGCAGCAGCGAGGAUGAGGACAGCGACCACGAGGACAAGGACAGAGGCAGGGGUGCCCUGGCCGGCAGUUCCAUGCCUGCAGAUGCUGAGUUGGCAGGCGAAGGCAUCUCAGUUAACACAGGUCCAAAAGGCGUGAUCAAUGACUGGCGCCGCUUCAAACAGCUGGAGACGGAGCAGCGGGAGGAGCAGUGCCGGGAGAUGGAGAAGCUGAUCAAGAAGCUGUCCAUGAGCUGCAGGUCCCAUGUGGACGAAGAGGAGGAGCAGCGGAAGCAGAAGGACCUCCAGGAGAAGAUCAGUGGGAAGAUGACUCUGAAGGACUUUGCCAUGAUGAAUGAGGACCAAGACGACGAGGAGUUCCUGCAGCGGUACCGGAAGCAGAGGAUGGAAGAGAUGCGGCAGCAGCUCCACCAGGGGCCCCAGUUCAAGCAGGUUUUUGAAAUCCCCAGUGGAGAAGGGUUUCUGGACAUGAUUGACAAAGAACAGAAGAGCACCCUCAUCAUGGUCCAUAUUUACGAGGACGGCAUCCCAGGGACCGAAGCCAUGAAUGGUUGCAUGAUCUGCCUGGCCGCGGAGUACCCAGCCGUCAAGUUCUGCCGGGUGAAGAGCUCGGUGAUCGGGGCCAGCAGUCGCUUCACCAGGAACGCCCUUCCCGCCCUGCUCAUCUACAAGGGGGGCGAGCUGAUUGGCAACUUUGUCCGUGUCACUGACCAGCUGGGGGAAGAUUUCUUUGCGGUGGACCUUGAAGCUUUCCUCCAGGAGUUUGGAUUGCUUCCAGAAAAGGAAGUCUUGUUGGUAACCUCUGUGCGUAACUCAGCCACCUGCCACAGCGAGGAUAGCGAUUUGGAAAUAGAUUGAAUGGCUGGGCUGGUGGCAUAAAUUUCUCAUUGUUUGGGCUGGAAGACACACGUCCUUGUGUUUAUUUUCGUUCUUUUCUGUGUCUUCUGGCUUUUCUGCUGUUCUUUGUAGUCCCUUUUAUGAUAUGUCAAGUCAAGAAAUUCUUCUAUCAAAUCAGAAUGCUGAAUCACCUUGUGGCUAUCCAUAAAGUGACCUAACAUUGUAUAAACAGGAAGCCAGGCUUUUGAACUGUUUACUUAAGAUUCUCUAGCAUGACAUCUCUGUUAUUGUUUCCAGUCAGUAUUUACAUAGCAUCCUGAAGACAGUGUCCUGGAAAUUGUCUUCAGAUGAUCUCAGAGGUCUCUGCCAGGUCCGGGAAUAUAAUUCCAUAUAGUGUGUUAUUUGCAACAUAAGUAAUACAUUUCCUUCAUCAAAUGAUUGUAAAUUAUAUUUACUUAUAAUCAGACUUAUAGUCUUAGAAGGCAGUUAAAUGUUUUCCCCCUAGACCGUAUUCUCUCCCAGGGUCUUGUUUAAAGGUUCCAGACCGUGUAUGUUUGCCCCAUCAAGAGGGGGGUGAACUUUGUCGCCAGAGUCGAUAUCCUGCUCAAGCAUUAUUAAGUCUACAGUAGAGGAAGGAUCGAGAUGGACUGCCCUCUUGAUGAUGAAAGACCAGCUUGGCUUGAAAAUUAGAGCUGAGAUAGAGCUGGGAAGCCUUUUUAAAGGAAGAUCUUUCAAUUAAGAUACCCCUGCUCCUCUUUUUCUCUGUUUCUUUUUUAUUUAACAAGGUAAUUUUUUGGUUUCAUGUAGCUUUUGUUAAAACUUUUUUGCAUAUUGGAAAAGUUAAUAUUCAAUAGAAUACAGAAAAUACAGAAGCAAAACUAAGAAAAUUAGAAUAAUCCUGCCACCUAGGGUAAAACACUAUUAAUAUUUUGGGAUAUUUUUCCAAGGUGUUUUCUUUGUGUACACAGACAUUUUGUUUGCUUAUUAAACAAAACAGUGGGAUCAUUCUGAACAUACUGUUUUAUAGUAUGGUCGGCUAAUAUAGCAAACGUUUUUCCAUGUUAUUAAACACUCUUUUACAACAUUUUAAAGUGGUUAUUUAUACCGUUGUAUAGGUGUGCUGUAAUUUGCUUGGUGGUGUUCUCUUGAAAACAGCAAAGACUUUUUAUUACAAAAGUAAUUGAUGUUCAUUGUAGAAAAUGUAACAAAAAUUGUUAAGCUAAAAAGAUUGAACAGCUUUGUAAUUCCACCAACCAAAAAUAAUCCCUGUUAAAUCAUUUUUACAGGUAUCUUUCUGGUCUUCUUUCUGUGUGUUUAUAAUAAUGAUUGUCUUUUGAGUUUUCUCUUCAUGUUUUUUACUUUAAAAUAUGUACAGUGUAGGGCCAGGGAAAAUGUGAUCUGUAGUUAAAUGUUAGCUUUAAAGUUCAGUUUUGCUUUUCCUGGCUGUUUAGGAAUUGACUAACUGUAGAAGGGUCAUGACAGUAUCUCUUGUAGUUAAUCAACAAAAAGAAAGUGCAUGGUUUUUUAAUUAAAAAAAACUCACUGUAGAAAGUGUGUGGAAAGUAUAGAAAAUUAUUAGAGGCAGAGACAACUGUUGUCAGUGUUUUUAUUUUCUUCCAGUUUUUUCAAUAUUUUUAAUACAUUGAGAGCUUUUUGAAUUUAGUUCUGUGUUUUGUUUAAUAUUAUAUCAUAAAUGCUUUGACAUGUUAUAAAAAUUCUAAAUAAAUAAUUUUUAACAGCCUGA